AUAAUUUGAUUUUUAACAUAAAAAGAAAAAAAAUGUUGAGCGAACUUUCACAGCGAGUUUAAAAAAAACAAAAGUUCUCUUCGCAAAUUCAGGGGCGACAGUGGAAACGUCUCUUAAAAUAGCGACGUAUCCCCCACCAUUCAUUGAGGAUGCCUUUUCAGGCAUCGUUAAUUUUCUCUCAAAAUCUAUCAGUGUAGAAUUUUUUUUUUCGCAAUUUCAAAAUAGGCUUGAUUAUUUUCAAAAAAAAUUUAAAAACAAUCAUACUUCUUUUUAUUACAAAAAAAUAUAUAUUAGAUUAGAGAAGGUUUUCCCAAAAGAUGUAAAAGAGAUGCUCGCCAAGAGAAUUUGAAAAUAGACACGUAACAACUGUGGGUGGAAUCACACAAGAGUUUCAAUAAACCGACACAGAGCUGAUUCGUUCGUGAAUUUGUGUGGUCACAAAAUUCUCUAACUUGAGAUUAGAUUUUACUUGCGCAAGUUAUACGCACCUGAUUCGUAAAAGUAGGCAAUUGUGACAAUAUAUAUACAUACACAAAAGUGAUAUCAAAAGUGUCAUGAGUUCCAGGUAUUCCUAGGCAGGCUGUACGUUGCUCCAAAUUUACACUGUGUGCUAAUUAUACACUUGCGUCGUCGCACUUGUCGUUAGUUUGUUGUCCCAUGAAAAGCAGUGAGCGAUUGCGAAUCUUGAUAAAUUCAAGAUAAUCAUUUUUCCUUCUCUGGAGAAGAAAAAAUUGAUUUUCAAAGGAGAAAUUUGAAAAGAAAAAAAAAAAUGUAUAAACGACCUGGUGAAACGUCAUCCAAUGAACCACCUUGGUUAGUGAGAGCAGAAGUUACAAUUCGUCAUAAAACGCCAGAAACUCCUCGAUUGGCUAAUACAAAUGUGAAUGAAUCGAGUGGUCUUCGAAUGGUUUAUCGAUGGAAUGCAAAUCAAGCUACACCUUCACCAGGUUAUGGAUUUCAAAGAGGGAAUAUUUUAUUCACCUCAACACCACCUUCAAGAUCAAUUCAAAAUUCAAGAAAUGAUGAUUCUAUUUCUCCCAUGGGACAAGGAGUCAGUAUCUCGGAUUCAGGUUACACUAGUGAGCAAUUAUCGCAAAAUUCAAGAUAUCCUCGAUAUUCAUCACAUCGAAAAUGUCAAAGCACUUGUAAUAUUACACUAUCAACUAGUGAAAAUAAAAAUCCUUGGAAUUUAACACAUCUUUCAAGAAAUAAAUUUAGUACCGUUCCUGAAGGAUGUGAAGAUUGUGCCGAAGUAUCGUCGACUUCAAGUGCUUUUACAACACAUUUUUGUACCCGACUUCCUAUCAAUAAAACAGAUGCUGCUUCACAAACUACGGACAUUGAAACACAUUCUAAAACUAAUAAAAUUAGAAAAAAAGCUCACGGUACGCGCGGUAUAGACGAACAGAAAAAGAAAAAGCAAAAUGUAAAUUCACCGCCAUCAUUGAGCUCUUCAGAUCAGGGAAAAUCCGACACAUCUUCAAAGGAAGACAGUGAAAAACGAAAAAGAACAGUUCAUAUUGAUGUUUAUUGUACGGGCAAUGAAACAAGUGAUUCAUCAUCAAGUGGAGAAGAAUUUGAGAAACCUAAUUUAAUUUGUUACGCUGGUAAAAAUGUACAAAUAACUCAUGAAGAAAUUAAAAAUAAUUCCAUUCUUCCAAGAGGAUUUCAGGAUGAUAAAGCUUUUUUAAAACGAGCCGCCGAACGUCGUUGUGAAAGUUUUCGUCACGCUCCAAUGCGAAUGCCAUCAUUGACAAGUUCUAAAGGUUACGAAAGUGAUGAUGUUUUAAGUUCCCUUUAUCCCUCGCAAUUUAGUUCCUAUAGUGCACUUCGCGAUUCUUGGUCAUCGUCUAUCAGUACAAUGGCACUUGAAGAUUCAUCAUCGGCAACAUCAUGGAAAGACACAAUUUCCGAUAUUGAUUCACAUAGAAUAACACCUUGCGAUAGUAUUGAAUUUUCAGAUCAAGAAAAAAAACGCACCUCAUUUAUUGACAAGAGUAAAACAUGGAAAUCACCGCAGACUGAACGAAGGCAUUUAUUACAAAAUAGAAAAAUUAAAGAAUAUAUGGAUAAACAUCGUGUUGAUUGGACAUCAGAAGAAAGUAAUUCAGAUGAUAGUGAUGUAAUUGCAUGGAGUUUUCUUUCAAGUGACGAUCAUACAAGUACUAUUAAGGAAAGAAAAAAUUCACCAGAAAUUGCUAAUAUUGUACAUGAUGCAAAUUCUGAAAUUAGAAAACCAUCACCACCAUCUCUUGUAAAAGUUGAAUCAUUAAUUUUAUCUCCCAUUGCAUCGAGAAUUACUUCUCCAACUAGUUUUAGAAUUAAUUCACCAUCAACAUCGAGAAUAACAUCUCCUUUUACCUCUAGAGUUACUUCGCCAAUUUCCCGUGUUACUUCACCGUUUACUUCACGCGUUACUUCACCAUUUACAACAAAUCAUGGUGAAAAAACCGAUCAUAUUAUUAAGGCAUCAGUUUUUGGACGUGUUGUCGCUGCUUUUAAAAAACCAGGUCAUCACAUUGGACCUGCGAAAAAUCCAUCUUGCUCCUGUGAUCAUUGUCGAAGAUAUUUUGAAGAACGUUCCAAAGAUCGUUUUAAAUCAUUUUUUGAUUUUGAUAGAAGGUCCAGCUCUCAAUUAUCGAGAGUAGAGAGAGAUUCAACGCGCGCUAGCUCGAGAAAUUAAUUAUUUAAAUCAUUUUUUUAUAUAUAUAGAAAAUUUGUGAAAGUUCAUUCCAUUUUUGAAAUCAAUAAUUUUAUCAAUUGUAAGUUAAAUAUUUUUUAAUUUUUCUAUAGUUUUGUAUAUAGAUUUGUAAUUUA